GGUCAACGCCUCUUGGUGUAUAAGAUCCCGGAUACACACUUUUCCUUUAGGCCUACAUGGAUCUACUUUCAUUGAUCGCCGUCGUCCUAGCCGUCGUCCUGGCUGCGGACGUUAGGGGCGAUGACCUCAGUGUGGUGAACGUGCCUUCGGGUGUCACGACUGUGAUGCUGGAUGGUCGCGUCGAGCUCAAGGUGGACACGUGGGUGCCUCCUAAUGCUCCACCGAUGUUUGUGGAUCUCAAGCUGACGGACAGCAAUGGCACCAAGAUGGAUUCGCUUGUAGUCCCGAGGACGCUGAUCUUCACACACGCAGAAAAUGCCACGAAAACUGUAAAGCAGAAACAAAAGUUCUCAUUGUUUGGAAAAGUUCCAGGGCGAUUCUACCUGGACUACGGUCUGGGUGGCACUGAUGUUGACAAGUAUUAUCGCCUUAGCGCAGAGCGGUCAGUUGUUUCGAUCGCUGCAGGGAGGGAAGAAGGUUGGCAAGGGAUUUGGUACCAAUUGCUGUUCAAUAGUCUGAUCUUCCUCGGAGGAAUUGCCUUUUUCGCUUGGAGACGCCUGCAAACAUUUGAUCUGCCCGUGUGGAUGGGACACCAGGAGGCGCUGUUUGAACGCAGCAACUACGACGAUAUUUCACCUGAUGUGUUUAAUGCAAAGUAUGGGGAACUCCAGGGAUCGACACUGAAAGAAAAAAUGAGAAGGUUUUGGAGCAUUUCGUGCUGUGGGGACUACGUGAGCUCAACGUGUGGAAUUCCGGCAGCACUUAUCAUGAACUUUUACAGAGACUGCGGGCAUUUAUUUGCCGCCCUUAGUUUUCUCAGCCUCGCUGUGAUGCUCCCAGUGAAUUACGUGCCAGGUAGUGCUCGUGGACAGAAAGGUGGGGACACGUAUCAAGCCACGACGUUCAGCAAUGUUCCGCUACACAGUAAUUGGUACUGGGCUCACGUGGCUUACUGCUACUUAGUAGCGUUCGCAGUGCUCAGUCUCUUGAGAAGACAACACGAAGUCGCAUCUACACUACGAAGAAGGGCGAAACAUAUCGUUGGAGCUCGAAGUAUCUUCAUUCAGCAUGGACUACCACUCGACACUACACAUAAUUCCUUACACGAGGCUCUACGUACAGCAAUGCCUUCAGAAGGUUCCGUGCAUGAGAUCACUGUACUACGGGACCUUAGUGCAGUACACGAGCUGCUCGAACGGCGUAAAGUUCUCUCAGAAAAGCUGAGUCGGAUUCUAGCAUUUGACGAAGCCUAUGAGAACGGUACGUUGUCAUACAACUUGCUGUGUUGCCCUGGAUCGGUGAUGGCCCCAGAGCCACUAGAGGUGGCGUGGUGGCACUUACGCUGCAAACCAGGUAGAUACAUCUACCGGCACGAUAAAAUGACAGAGUGUUGCUGCUACUGCUGCACGUGCUGCUGUCCGAAACACAGUCCCCGAGUUAAAGUCAAGCGCGGCAGCAGAUCCGACAGCCAGUUUGAAACUGUGUACGAGAGUUUGGUAGAUGAUAACACCGUUGAAGCGUAUGAUCGAACCACUGCGAGACAAAUCUUCGCGCUGAGGGAGGAGCUCGAUUUCUUCCCUGAAGAUGCACUGGAAGAGUUUGGCAAGAGGAAAUGUAUGGGCGCAGCUUUCGUCAUCUUCGACUCCACUGCUACUCGCAACUCGUUCGUUCGGACUGUUCGUGGACAGACUUGCAUCGGUCGCUUAGUAAAUACUGCAGAGUCGCUCUCACGUCGAGGAUUCCGAGAGAGGCCGUUGGCUUCGCUGCGGAAACCUGAGCGCUCUGGGUCGGAGGAACUCGCUCCUGUUCUUCGCAAUGUCGUUCUGAAGAGUGCACCAGAGCCUGACGACGUGAUCUGGCAGAGUCUCGCGUAUCGACCGUACACUGUUCGCAGGGUCGUUGUCUUUUGGCUACGACAAGUAGCUACAUUGGCUCUAUUGCUGCUGUUCUCCACACCCACAGCUGUGCUCAUGUUUAUCAAGCUCGAUUCAAACAGUGACGUGUAUCGAGGAUUGAAUCGCCGAAACACUUUCCUCCUAACCAUGGUGGCUUCCUAUCUGCCGUCUCUGCUAUUGAUUGCAGUGAAUUGGUGUUUGCUGGCGUUCCUGUAUCACUUGACAAUGUCCGAGCCUUCCUUCAGUCAUUCUCGUCGCGUUAAGAGCUUCCUCAUCAAAGGUUUCACUUACCUGGUUGUGAGCUCCGUGAUCUUGCCCAGCAUCGGUGUGACUGCAGUGUAUUUGGCUCUGUCGGAUAUUGAGAAGACUGGUGGUCGCUCGUACAUCGAGUCAUUCUUGUACAAAGUAUCGGGCACUUUCUUCAUCUCGUAUGUUUGCCAACGUACAUUUCUCGGAGGGAUCGUCGACCUUACUCGGUGUGCAGACACUAUGGCGUUGCAACCGUGGAUCCAUUCGCGCUCGAUCACUUCUCUUGAAAUCCAGAAGGCGCUACGUCCUAGUGCCUUCUCCUACGGCCACGACUACGCGCUGGUGUUGAGCGUGUUUCUCGUGAUACUGCUGGGUACAGUGAUCACUCCGAUCAUCACUCCCUUCGGGGCUCUUUACUUCUACGUCAAGUUCGCCACAACCAAGUAUAACGUCUUGUAUGUACUCCCAUACAGUCCUGGACGCGGUCACAUCGCUGGCACAGCUCUCGAGCUCACGUUCGUGUGCUUGGUAGUGUUUGAAGUGGUCAUGUCGUUCGUGUUCUUGCAAGUUGCUGGCCGCAAACAGUUCGUGGCGAUGCUUGUACUGCUCGUAGCCACGUUCGCCGUCUACUUCUCUCGACUCUCCGGCAAAGACGCAUUCAGACUCGUGCAGCAAGGGUUUGCAGACUUGCGAGGCGAAGCCAGAGCGUCCGAGUACGCGUCAAUCACUAUUCCAAAGCCACCGGGUUCAAGACGCUCCAUGUUCGGCCCGAAGCCCACCGAUCUGCAGCAUGAAGAGGCUCUUGUUGCGUCGUAUGCUGAUCCGUACAAGGCUGCGCUCUCCAUCUUCAAACUGCUGGGAGUCAACAAGUUCCAUCAAAUGACGUCAACUAAAACACAGCUCCGGUAUGCGUUCAUAAAACUGCGACGUUGGUCUCAACGUCCGAUUCCUGCGCCAGAGUCUCCAAAGAGAAAGUGGUGGCAAUGGAGGAAGAAAGCCAAGUCUGCCAAGACUUCUGGAGAGAAAAUCCUUCGUGAGAAAGGCAUCCGAGGCUGGUGGCGACGUCAAAAGGAUAAACACGCUGAGCUGUAAACACGAGAUACUUGGAGCAAACGAGGAUCAUUUUAGUGAGUGCAAUUUGACAAAAGUAAUACAUUAGCGAGGCCACCGCUGGAGUUUUGUGAGAUAAA